AUGGAUACCCCUGGUGAACCCAACCUGUCACCCAACAACGACGCCAUCGCCAAGCAGCUGGAUCGCGUCAACACGCAGUUCAAGGAUCUCCAACAGCAAAUGACGGACGUUACCAAUGAGUGGAAGCAGCACGAGCGCGAUCGCCAAAGCGAGUGCUGCGAUCUAAUCCGCUCCGAAUUUCGGUCGCCGGAUAGUCCGAUCAAGAAGAUCAUUGAGGCGUCUGUUAGGGCUGAGCUCCGUGCGACCGUUAAGAGUCUCCAGAAGCGGCUGAAUCCGGAUGAGCAUGCAUGUCGUCUGCGCCAGGGCUUGGCAGCUUGUGCCGCACGACCCACUCUUCGUCACCUUGAGCAUUUCUCUGCGGAUGAACGGCUUGGCAUGCGUCUGCUUUUGCUCGUUCAACCAAAUCUCUUCAUCGCGACACAAAAUUCCAACAUGGCGAGGGUUCCAACGACAAACCACGUCACGCCAGGAGCACUAGUCAACAUCGUGCUGAAGGAAGACCAGCCCACUGGUCGCACCGUUCAAGGGGUCGUGUCUCAGCUAUUGACCAAAGGGAAUCACCCGCGGGGGAUCAAGGUGCGCCUAUCGGACGGGAGAGUUGGCCGAGUCCAGAGUAUGGCGGGAGGCGCCGGAUCAAUGGGGUCUCAGAUCCAACUGGAUGGCAACGUGGAAGUGGCUGCGGAAGUGGGGCCGGCCGGUGUUGCUCCCAGGGGGCGGGUACGACAUGUCGCAGAUGCGAGGCUGGAUCAAGGGCCGCCGCCGUCAACACAGCCAGUUGGCCUUGAUGCUUACAUCAAACCCGCCAAAAAACGCGGGAAAGGGAAAGGGGGUACGGGAAACACUGCAGCCCAGGCUGCGGCGCGCGACAGCCAGCUCGAGGCUGCCGCACACGCCGGCCAGUCUUCACCGGAGGAACAGGAGUCGAUGUGCCCUGUCUGCGGCGACUUCCGAGGCGAUGAGGCGGCCCUGACACACCACGUGCAGUCUCACUUUGAUGACUAG